AUGCCAACGAAUAAAUAUUAUAAAAAGCCUUACUGUAUACAAAAUCUGCUUUUUGUUCAAAACACCAUAAUCUAUGGUCUUUCUCCUCCAUUCUCCUCUCGUACGAGGGGGUGUAAAGUGCAGUUCCAGUUUAUAAAUUAUUUUCACCAGCGGUUAUUGAACGCCUCAUACCCUCUACUUUGCUGGGUGGAUGAUGAGACCACUGUACAUCAACUUAAGGAGAAAGUGAGAGAGCGGAUGGGUAUAGACAUAGAGUUACAACGCUUAAUAUUUUGCGGACGAGUACUCCAAGAUGAGAAGAAGUUGGCUGAAUAUGACGUCAAGGGGAAGGUGGUUCAUUUGGUGCAACGCCCCCCACCGGGCCUAGUAGAGUCCAGGCGAAACGCGACUUCGUCUACUACUACCGCUACCACCGGCAACGAACAUUCUAACGGAACCCAACAGCAAAUCAGAAGACUAAUGGCACUCACCCCCCCAUCUCGAAUAUUGGGCGAUGAGCAGCAGUCUAUGAAUCUGUCACCGACUACUAGCCGCCUGGAGUUCAUCCGACGUCUGAUCGCGGACAUCAGGACAUCAAUCGCCCAACUCCGCGCUCACAUCGAGGAAGUGGAGAAUUUUGGCGCGCCAUCUAGCGGACACGCGCAAUCUGAAUCAGUGGACCAUGAGAACGCCAAUGGCGCGCAUCAGGAAGAGGACGAUCCACAGUUGGAUGAAAAUGGUGAUGAAAUUCCCGAGGGGCUUGAACAAAGAUCACAACACGCUCGACGCAGGGCAAUGAGAGCACUCCGGGCCCGCCAAUCGCGCCCCCGCGAUCUUGGCGUCUUGAUCGAGGAGUUGGAACUGUUACACAUGCAGUUCACUCCGCACAGAGUUACAUUCAUCAACAUGCUGCAUGCAGUCAAUCGAGCCGAUCCUCCAGAUUACACGGAUGAGGAGCGCCAAAACCAUCAGCGGACGAUUGAUAUGACUUCAGAUAUUAUGCACAGCUUUGCUCAUGCAUAUCACGCUAUAAGCGACAUUACCUUCCACAUUGGCGAGCGUAACCCGCGUCUCACCUCUGAAACGGUUGUGCGACAUCCUAUACCAGUGCAGGCGCACAUCAACGUAAUGCAGACGAACCGUCGCCCACAACAACAGUCACAAUCGCAGCCUCAAGGGAAUAACUCAUCCGCAACCGCGACCUCAACAACAUAUCCCGCUUCCACUCCCGCUUCCGCUACCACCUCCGCUACUGCUACUGCGAACGGUAACGGCUCCACCGAGCCGGCCCAUGAGAGUAACACCCAAAACGGCCAAACGGCGCAAAGCAGAGCUCGAGCCGGUAGGAACACAACGCAGUCGACUGUCAAUAUAAACAUACAGCCAAACCCUGUAACGUACCAGGUGGAGAUAGAGACCAGGGUGCCAAUACCGGUCAACAAGGCCAACAGGGUCAACAAGGCCAACAGGGUCAACAAGGAGGGUCAACAAGGCCAACAGGGUCAACAAGGCCAACAGGGUCAACAAGGCCAACAGGGUCAACAAGGCCAACAGGGUCAACAAGGCCAACAGGCUCAACAAGGCCAACAGGCUCAACAAGGCCAACAGGGUCAACAAGGCCAACAGGGUCAACAAGGUCAGCGGGGGCAACAAGCCCAACGGUGUCAACAUUGUCAACAUGUCCAACAAGGCCAACAGGGCCAACCGAGACAACAGGGCCAACCGGCCCAACAGGGCCAAGAAGAUCAGAACCAGGCCAAUCGACGCCAAGUGCUGUUCGACUUCGAAAAUAUAUUCCGUGGGCUGGGCCAAGCCGGCGGUCUUGGUGGCGUGGAAGUUGUUAUGAGUAUGGAGGAAAUCCCCCAGACUGGGGCGCUUGGCAACCUUGCCAACUUGGCCACCACGGCGGCACUCAACAACCAGGGCUUACACCAGGGUGAAGGUGGAGGUAAUGCCGUGCCUGUGCUUGGAGCUGAGAUUUAUGUCGCUCAAAUGCCAUGGGGUGGCCCACCGAGCGCCGAUCUGCUUCAAAACAUAGUCUCUUCAGUGAUUCGUCAAGGUCUUGUACCCGGAGUGGAGGGUGUUGCCGUACAGGCCCAGAUGCCUUCGUCGGCUACAUCGGCUACAUCGGCCCAGGGCACUCAGACCGCUACGGGCACCACAAGCCGGAGUCAAGGCCAAUCACAGGCCAAUACAACCGAAACACCUGUGGGCCGAGAGCAACAGCAGAACAAUACCAACGCCACCAGGCCACCGAAUCUGCAUGUGCGCCGCGCCACAACAACUCGUAGCCAAUCUGUCACGCUCGGCAACAUGGUGUACGAUCGGUUCCUGCCUUGCGACAAUGUGCACGGAAGGCGACGCGUACAGAGACGCAGGGAGCAACAGCAACAGCAAGCUGCGGCCAUUAUGCGCCUGCGGGCCGGACGUGUGGCCGCCCAGAAUAUCGACAUCAUCAGGGAACGUGGCUCCAGCCUUACACGUGAGGACAUAAUCAUGAUGGAGCGCUUGCUGCAUUACCCGCCGUCGAAUGUCUCCUGGCUAAACGCGUUCCUAGUCGCUGUUGCUCGCAACAUCUAUUCGCCGGAACUCAUGCAGGCCGUGUCGGGGGAAUUGCCACUGGUACCAAAUGAGUUCCCCACUAUUCGUAUUUUGCUCCGUUCCUAUAUCCAACAUCUCCUCGACAUGUCGGAAGCUGAGGACGGGGAUAACGCCUUCCAGGUGGCAGCUGAUUUUCUGGUCGCCAGCUACGCCGAUUUCAUCUAUGAAAUGCCGACAUUGGUGCCACUGCGCUCUGACAUCUAUCUAUACGCGUCGAUCAGAUCUCUCAUGAGGUCCAGGAUGCCCUCAGUGAUUGCCUCUUUGAUGACUGAUCUCCGAGGAGAAACUUUUCCAGCUCGGUUCUACUCGAUUUUCUCGAGGCUCUUCACUGAUAUGUUAACUCUUGUCUUCUACUGUUGCGAGGAUGGAGACCAAGGGCUUCGCACGCUUUACACUUCUUUCAUGGCUGAAGUAAUUACAGUGGAAGACAUACAAAUCAAUCAAUACCUUAUAACAUUAUGCUUGGAUAUUUACCGGCGUGUACGACCGAAUUUGGCUUCUAACAUAGAGAACAUACAGAUAUAUAUUAUUCAUCGCAUACCAGACAGAGCGUCACAAGCGCAGCAGACCAUAAGCAAUGACACAUUCUCGCUGGAAGAAUCACUGACACCGGAAGCUAUGCAGACCACGCCCCCUGGCUCACCAUCAGUGGUGCAACCAUGUCCGGGACCAGGAGGAAACAUCACGGAGACCGCUACCGUUGAGACCAUGACUGAUCCUGUCGUGAUUUUAUCAAGCCCGGCCACAUCGACCAUCAGCCAACCAACCUCCCCAAGCCCGUCAGUCCCUCCAUACCAGUCAACCCCUUCAAGCCAGCCAACUCCCCCGAGCCAAACAACCCCGCUGUUGUCCCCUGUGAUGCAGAACUCUACACAGAGUAGUGAUGCACAGAACCCGCAGCCUUCCAGGACUUCAAGAGCCGCAAAAUCGGAUUCAUCAUCGCGUAGCACCCCCGAGUCGCCAGCAAUUACUCGAGUGGUCCCACCGAUGCUGAUCGUCCAGAACUGGGAUGAUGAGUGGGUGCCGGUGUUCUCGCGUGACCAACUCCUUCAGCGCAGCGAACAGCCUCCGUACAGCGACGCGUACCUCUCCGGCAUGCCCUCACGCAAACGCAGACGUGUUCGUCAAUCGAGACCGUCGACAACCCUGGACGGAUUCAUUAAUGAGAGCUUCACCGAGGCGUCGGAGCAGCGCCAGAGGGUGGAGGAGGGGACGGUACGCGCCGCCUUCCGCGAACAUGUUCGAGGACUGACGCGCGGCCGCGCCGCCGACUCCGAGGACUACGAGCCCGCACGGUACGCGGCCGCUGCACGCUUCCUCGAGUCACCAAGCAGUUUAGAACCAGAACAAGAUGAGAGCAGCGAGAACAAAGACGCUGUGUGA